CUCUCUCUCUCUCUCUCUCUCGAUUUGGGCCAGAAUCCAGUUCUCGCACGCUCCAGCGCCCGGCCCGUUCAGACUUUUCACCCCGCCUCCCAGCUCCUGGAGUGGGGGGAGAACUGCCCCGGAGCCUGGCCGCUUGCCUACCGCGCAGCCUCUGCUAUAUAAACACACAGUGGAGUCUGCCUCACAUUGAGAGACUGUGUGUGAAAAAGAGAGAGAGAGAGGGUGAGUGAGUGAGUGAGAGAGAGAGAGAGAGAGAGAGAGAGAGAGAGAGAGAGAGAGAGAGAGAGAGAGAGGAACGGUUUAACUUUCUGCAUUCGCAAAAAUUCAAACACUGGCACUGCACAACUCAGGGCAAGCAACAAGGCAUUUACGCUAUAUCUUUACUACUGUACUAUAUGCAUAUGCAAUCGAUCAAACGAUAGUUUUUUCUGUUUUCUUUACUUUUUUAAUGCAUCUUGGGAGAAGAUUUUUUAUUAUUUAAUUUUUAAAUUCCCGAGGAAGAAUUUCAGAAUUGAUAUAUUUUUCAUAUAUAAACUUUCCUAAACUUUUUAGAUGACAGGUAGUUUAAUUUAAUAAAUUCAGAUAUUAUAAACCAAAAUCAAUCUUACUUAAUAUAUGCUUAACUAAAAGAGGGCACACAUUAGAUUUCUCAGAUAUAUGAAAUACUUGCAUGUUUAUUUAAACCGAAUUCCUAAAUAAACUACAGAAGAUGCACUCACUAGUGACUUACCAUCAAAGGCAGUUCUUAUUGUAUUUUAAGCCUACGUAAAAAGAAUUUCGGAUUUCAAUUAGUUCUCUUUCACAAAUACACAUACAAAUGUAUCUUCUCUAAUAUAAAGAGAACUUUUAAAUAUUCCAAACUGGCCUAUAUAUUUUGAUAUUUAAUAUGAAGGAUGCAGAAUUCAAGAUGAGUGAUUAGUAUAUUGGUUUAUAUUUACUUACUUUUUCCUAAACAAAUAUUUAGAGGUACUUUUUUUCCAUUUUAACAAGAAGAUUUACAAAAGGGAUUUCUUCAUCACCGUCAUCAUGAUCUUUGAGAGUUUUGACCUGGUUUCUGCCCUGGCUACCAUCGCUGCCUGCAUUGUCUCCAUGGCUCUACUCCUUGCCGUGUCACAGCAGUUGUGGCAACUCCGAUGGACAGCCACCCGGGACAAAAACUGCAAGCUGCCAAUUCCUAAGGGAUCAAUGGGAUUCCCCAUCAUUGGCGAGACAUGUCACUGGUUUUUUCAGGGCUCCAGUUUCCAUUCAUCCCGAAGGGAGAAGUAUGGGAAUGUGUUUAAAACACACCUGUUGGGUCGACCAUUGAUCCGUGUGACAGGAGCCGAGAAUGUGAGGAAGCUCCUAAUGGGAGAGCACAGCCUAGUGAGUGCUGAAUGGCCCCAGAGUACUAGGACCUUGCUGGGCCCCAACAGUCUUGCAAACUCCAUUGGCGAAAUCCACCGAAACAAGAGAAAGGUUUUAGCAAAAGUGUUCAGUCAAGAGGCUCUGGAGUCCUACCUGCCUAAGAUUCAACAAGUGAUCCAGGACACCCUGCGUGUGUGGAGCAGCAGUCCUGAUCCUAUCACAGUGUACCAUGAAUCCCAGCGGCUCUCCUUUCAUAUGGCUCUCCGCGUCCUGCUGGGCUUCCGCCUUUCAGAUGAUGAGAUGAAAAGCCUCUUUCAUACCUUCCUGGAUUUUGUGGACAAUAUCUUUUCCUUGCCUCUGGACCUGCCUUUCAGUGGAUAUAGAAAGGGUAUUCAAGCUCGGGAUAUUCUUCAGAAAAGUAUUGAGAAAUCUAUACUGGAAAAACUCCAGUGUAAUCAUGGAAAGGAUUAUGCUGAUGCUUUGGAUGUUCUCAUUGAGAGCAGCAGAGAACAUGGCCAAGAGCUGUGCAUGCAGGAGCUAAAGGAAUUUACCAUUGAGCUUAUCUUUGCUGCCUUUGCAACCACUGCCAGCGCCAGCACAUCUCUGAUCAUGCAACUUUUGAAACACCCUGCAGUCUUGGAGAAACUACGAGAGGAGCUACGCAGUAAUGGGAUUCUACACAAUGGCUGUCUUUGUGAGGGAGCGCUCCGUCUCGACAACAUCUUCAGCCUCAAGUACCUGGACUGUGUUAUCAAAGAGGUGCUACGUGUCUACUCGCCUGUCUCAGGGGGCUAUCGCACUGCCCUGCAGACCUUUGAGCUUGAUGGUUUCCAGAUUCCUAAAGGCUGGAGUGUGAUGUACAGCAUUAGGGACACCCAUGACACAUCCAGUGUUUUUAAGGAUGUUGAUACAUUUGACCCAGAGCGCUUCAACCAGGAACGAUGUGAGGACAAGGAGGGACGAUUCCAUUACUUACCUUUUGGAGGAGGAGUGCGGACAUGUCUUGGAAAACAGCUGGCCAAGCUCUUCUUACGAGUAUUGGCCAUUGAGUUAGCUGGCAGCAGUCGGUUUGAGCUCGCCACCAGGACUUUCUCAAGGGUCAUCACUGUCCCUGUUGUCCACCCUGUGGAUGGCCUCAAGGUCAAGUUUUUUGGACUUGACUCCAAUCAGAAUGAGAUUAUGGCGGAGACAGAUGAAAUGCUGGGGGCCACCGUUUGACUCAGGGCAAAAACAGGCCAGGGUGUGAAAGGAGAGGAUUAAGCAGAAGAGGAGGUGGAGGAGGAGGAGGAGGGGGAGAAGGAUGUAUAUCCAUUUCUCCAAGAUACAAUGCAAAAUGAAAAUGAGGAUAACAUUCAAAACAGUAAAAUAAAAACAAUAAAAAGACAGGUAAAAUGCACCAUGGACUGGUUGAACAUUUAUUUCACAUACGGAGACAAUAAUGAAGCUGCCAAAAAUGUAUAGAUUACAGUUUUUUUUUGUUUAAUACUUUAAAAGAAAAAAUAUAAUGGGUUUUAAACCUUUUGCAGAAGGAAGCUAAUAUAUUCAACAAAAGUAAAAGCAAGUCUUUUAUGUAAGAAAUGAACAACAGGCAGCGGGCAUGAGUAAAAGGAAAUGACUUGAAGACCUAAAAAAUAAAGAUGCGAAAAAGAUGGAGUGAUGGAACUGCAGAAAGCAUCAGGGAAGUAACAAGAAGCAAAGAAAGCAAGUGAGCAGAGGUUUAAAGAAGAUGGCAAGGCCUGAAUGUCCACAGUGGAGUUGUGCAGCCUCAACCACUGGCCUCUUAAAGGUUCCUUGUUGUACAGCCACAGGCUCAGGGAUACCACAUAAAGGAGAAUUCUAUACACUAAAUCUCACAUGGGGACAUCCUAUGCAAUGGAGAACACUAAAUAUUAAAUAUCUUGACUCCAGACAGCUAAUGCUAAUAUUUCAGGCAUCUUCCCACUCACAGUUGUAUGCUACACAAAGAGAACCCUAAAAUAGUUAUCAUUUGGACACCAUCCACCUUGUAAAAUGAAGGACCAGGAAUGGAUCAUCUCACAACUGUACAGUCUUAACUUUGGAUAACCUAAACCAAUGAGGAGCCCAAAUUUUACAGUAGAGAUGCAUGUGUCCCAGGUUUCCUCAAGAAUUGCAGACUCUGAACAUUCCAUCUCACAGCAGAUUGGUCCUGUCCCCUGAGAUGUAGUGUUUACAACUAAAGGCCGAGGGUAACAUGGAGUAACCCAAACAAGCUUCAAGCUUGUAUUUCAAAAUCCUCUACUAUGGAGAAUAUCAUUGACAAAUGAAGUCAUAUUUCAAAAGGAUAAGCAUAAGAGAGGAUGGAUGACAAUGAAUGUUCCACCUCAUAAAAAUGUAACCAGGUUCUUCAAGUAUAACAAAUGAUGAAAGACACUAAAUGUUUUCUUUAAAAUAGCUGCAACAUUGUAUUUACACAUGCUACAUUAUGGAGGACCCUCAUAGAAUCAAAAUCAUAUGUCGGACCACAUAUAUUGGACAUUGAAUGUUAAAUCUCAGAUAUUUGGUCCCCCCUCCACUAAAUAUUGUAUACAAAAGAAGAUACUGAAUGUUAAUCCAUAAAGAAUCAGAAUGGACCCAUGGUGUAACUGCAUGAUGGAAGACAGUGACAACUUAUAAUUUAAUAAAACCCUGCACAAUAGAGAACUCAGAAUAUCUGACUUUUCAUGGGUACAGUGUGUUCCCCCAGGUAUCCACAAAAAUAAGGAAUGUAAAACAGCUAAAUCUAUGUUAUACUUGUCAUGUACCAACCAGGACUAAGAUAAUCUUGGAUGUCUCAGGCUGUCCCUCGAGAGCUGUAUACCCUGGGCUUUAUAGCCAGCAAAGCAUUUUGAGUAAGCUCUUUCCUGACACUGUAUCAAACAGCUUCCUAAGAAGAAACAGAAAAGAAAAGUAAAGAGUUAAUGUCUUCUCAAACUGACUCCCACUUUUUGAGGAUCUGUUCCUCUAUUAUUCCAAUACCAAUGCUCCGGCAUUCAGAAUGAGUAGACAUUUGGUUGGCAACAGUUAUAGGGGCUACUGCCAGGUGUGGCUCAGCCAGUAGACAAAAGCCAGAGACGUACUAUGUGGGAGGUGCAGAUGGAGGAGACGAUUUGGACUGGGCCCUGAAAGUUCCCUUGCAAACUUAUACUGAAGAUAGGCUUAGCAUCUGAUUUUUUUUUAAGUUCAUUUUUUGAAAGUUAAAAUAACUGAGUGUAAAAAAGCUAGAUUAAAAAUGUGGAAAUGACAGGAAUUAUCUUUAUUUGGAACUUUUUUUUUAUUUUAUUUAUGUUUAACUACCACCGUGUAAGCAAUGCAAAAAGGUGUUUUGCGUUGUAAUAAGCAGAUUAAAUCUUAAACACAUCCACUACUUUUAUUUAUUUAUUUAUUUAUUUUACUUUGUAGAAUCCACAUUCUUAUUUUUAUCACCCAGUCUUCUCUUCUGCAAUUUAAAUUUAAAAUAAGUGAUGGCCAAGUCUUAUUUCUGUACAUGCUGUCUGGAACAAUGAAUAAGACCCUAACCCUAAGCCUAACCUGUCAUAAUGGUAGGCCCCCAAACCCUACACUUUACACCUCUAUAGAAGCAGAGUGGCCAAUGGCUAAAGAGUUGAGCUUGAGACUAGAAGGUGGCAGGGUCAGAUCUCACUGCUGGUAGCAUAUCAGUGCCUUACUCGAAGUGUCUGAAUAUGUGCCUACAGACAUCAUUUGAACUGAUCGCUUGAAACCUUUGACUUUCCAUGACAUCUGCCCCAGCAGUUGCUGCCAAGAUCCCACAUAGCUUCAGCUGCCCAUUUGCUUGCCCACUCCCUUCUCUGGGAUGUAUUUUAUGCUCCUAUAAUCAUUUACUUAGACCCCACUAUAUUUUCUAAUUCCUGAUUGGGACCGCAUUUAUAUUUGGUACUCAAUAGACUGAUGCCAAUAAUCCCACUGCACUAAAGGCCAAUCAUGCUUCUGUUCUGAUCUCAGGUUAAAUGCUUGGUUCAGUUCCACUUUUAGCAGGAACACCACCAACCUUAUUCAUGACAUCCAUGUUUCUGUCCUGCUUUUUCCUUUUUUUGUGGACAGGAGACACUGCUGCCAACACUGUAGGCACUUCACUAGCUUUUACCUCCCCUAUUCCCCUACCACCAUCCAGCACUUUUUCUACUUUUUUCUGGGCAAAGCAUGAAAUGAUUCCAAAUGAUGGUAACCACACAUAAGGUGCCUUGUUCAUGCUGCUUUUAAUUUAUUAAAUAAUAGCAGCCUAGGUAAAUUGUGAAAUUGUUAUAGGGCAUCAGGCUGUUGAGAAAUUAGACCUGGGGUAAGCUGUGACAGAAAGAUUUUUUAGUGGAACGCAUAAAGGAAAAGGAGAGAAGUGAUUUGGUUUGGCAAAUAAGGAGAGCGACACUUUUCUGUUGUUUGUACUUCUAAUAACCUAAUAUUAUAAUAAUGUAAUUAUUGUUAUUAUUAUUAUUAUUAUUAAAAAGAAAAUAAAUAUUAUUUUAAGUGCUAUUUUUGUUAUAUUUCUGAAUAGAGAUUUAGUAUAAAAUUGUGUUGGUAAAUAUUGUUAUAUUUAGUAUAUUAAGAACUUCCUUUUUAUUGUAAACAGUGUCUAAAUGUUAAUAUUGUUUUAUGAUCAGUUAAUAUUAAUAAAAAAGCACUUGUGAGUUCUGCUAUGUCUUGUGCCAUCUAGAUAUGUCAUGUAAUCAUUUGUGUCUUUGUGUGUCUUCUUAUUUUUCUAUUCAUUUAUUACUUCAUAUAUUUGAUUGUUACUGCAGUUUAAAAAUGAGCAUAAAUGUGUUUUUGUGAUCGUUUAAUAGUAAUGCAUCUGGCAAUUUUUUAGACUUCGGUAAUAAACAUUGAAGGCAAAAAAAAUUUCAAAAA